AAUCCAGCGUUUCUUGUAAAAAGCAGCUUUUUGGUUCGAUUAUGUGUUUUCUUCACAUAUAACUUGUUGUCGAGUAGACGUUGCAUAUUGUGUAGUUUCGCUCAUUCAGCAACUAAACUUGUUUUCUAUUUCAGUCGCAGUUCUAUGCAUAAGCGCAGCAAUCCCAAAUAUUUUACAGACUUUAUUAUGCAAAAGUUUAAUCCACAUGCGGACGCCGAUAUCGUACAGGGAAUUAGCAUUACAACUGGCCGAUCACCGUCUCACCAUUUUAUACGACUUCUAUACAGCGGUAUUACAGUGUAUCUGUGAAUGUAUUACGAUGUGUGAUGUGCUAUUUGAUCUGGAAAUGAAUCUCGCUGUGCUUUCGCGAAAAAUUGCCCGGGAAAGACAGCCCAAUGCUCUCCGGCAGCUACAACCAAAACCGGCGCCGGUUGGUGCAAAAACCAGCCCGCGCCCGCAAUCCUCAUUACCAGAGGAAAAGGUCAAAGUACCAUCAAGAACGGUUCCAAAGAAGCCUCUGACGAUCCGUAUCACACCACCCGAUGAAGACGACAGGGAAGUGACCGACCUAAUGCAACGCGAUGCUUCAUCAGCAACUCUCAAUCUUCGCCCUAGCUCGACGUUGGCGAUCCCCUGCACGCCCCGCCCCUUAACGCCCAUCCUCAAAGCACCAUCGCCAUCCUUCCGUGAAAUCCCCACAGUCGAUACGGAUGAGGACGAUGAGAAAGCGCUUCACCAAGACCACCUAAAGAAGAAAGUAUCGUUCCCCAGUGAACUGCACCGCUACCGGAAGCCCUCCCACACGGCGGAGACGGAAGAGCGGCAGACCAAUCGCAAUUCCAUCCGCAUUGCCACGCGUAAUCCCUUCAUAUUGGGUGGUUACCGGCAUCGUGCGGGAAGCGUACCGCCGACCAUGGACCGUGCGGGCAGUGAGCCGGUGACCUCACAACGGUCGAAUAGCAUCGAUGAUUCACAUAUUGGACAGACGGGACGGAAUGAGAACAGAUUCCUCGGGGGUAUCAAGAGAGUUUUUCGGGAUCACAAGCAGCAUUCUGUACCUGGUCCUGGUGCUAAGACGCCCCAUUGACAACUAUAACAAAGCGACGGCCCCGAGCGAUGCCGCUCUCUGAAUGGAGGGGACACGCCGAUAACAAGCAAGACUUUGGAAAACAGUGGCCGAUGUUCAUCUUCUAACGGGUAGCCUUGUGACAUACCGGCAUUUUCCUUUGCUGUAAAACCGUUUGUUUGUACAUAACCAUUCUCACGACAAGAGUGUCCGAACUCGGAUCGCAUUAAAUUAUAUAUAUUGUCGAA